UCUACAGGAAGUAUUCAAUAUCAAGCCAGAGGACCAAGCGACGUCUUGACAACCAAUGUGCAAUGUAGACCUGCUCUAAACAGAUAAACUAUCAUUUAUAUAUAUAGCCUAUAUAUUUUUAAAAAAUCAAAAACAGUCGUGCAGUGAAAAGUGAUGAGAGGAAGGAAAUGAAAAUUGAUCUUUAUCUGUGUUGAGGAGCUGAGAUCCUGGAGCUUAAGAAGAAGAAGACGUAGAAGAUUAAUUCUCAACACAAGCAAGGUCUCUGUUUGUUUUUUAUUCUAGGUGGAAUUGAAUGGACUUUUUUCAACAGUCAUGCAGAUCGAAAGUCCAGUCCGGCAGGACAUGCAAUUCUACUAUGUGGGGGACCAUACGUGGACCACCAUGUUGGGGCAGAGUGUGAGGCUGCAGCCGGUGCCCAUCCAGAGUCUGUCGGAGCUGGAGAGGGCUCGGCUGCAGGAGGUGGCUCUCUAUCACCUGGAAGAGAGGGACCUCGACUUCAAGAUCACCAUACCCAGAGAGACCCGCAAGAGAAGGAAAUCGCUCAGGAGAAAGUUUGACUCAUUCUCCAAAGAGAAGAAAGAACGAGAAACAACCGCCAUGGCUUUUGGCUUGCCGCUUUGCCAAGUUAUUGCAAACGACCGUGCGUUCAAACAGAGGCAAGACGCGCUGAAAGAGAGCAGGAGGGACUGUCUGGAUCUGGAGGCCAGCGUGCUGCGCUUCCGUGCCGAGAAACACCACCAACACGUCACCGGCAACCUACCGCUGAGCAGCUUAUUGGCCACGCCUGGUGCCGCCUCACCCCAAGUGCUGGAGCUCCACAGCAAGCCGCUCUCGCCCACAUUCCUGGACAACAACUCUAGAGUGCACCGCAGGGGUGGUCUGUCUGUGGACUCCAUAUCGGACUUGGUGGAGAGCCAGUCCCGCCUCCUGGAGGCCCUGCAGCUCUCGCACCCCAAUGAGCUGGACAUCAAGAAGGCCGCCGCCUCGUCCUCCUCCUCCUCCUCCUCAGCUGGGCGCGCCACCCAGAUCAAGCUCAGCCUCAACCCCAUAUACCGGCAGGUGCCACGUGUCGUGGAGCGCUGCUGCAUGCACAUAGAGACCCACGGCCUCCAAACAGUGGGGAUCUUUCGCGUCGGAAGCUCUAAGAAGAGAGUACGGCAACUGCGUGAUGACUUUGACAGUGGGGUAGAUGUGGCUCUGGAUGAAGAGCACAGUGUUCAUGACGUGGCAGCUCUGCUGAAGGAGUUCCUGAGGGACAUGCCGGAUCCACUGUUACCACGGGAACUAUAUAGUGCCUUCCUACAUGCCAACCUGCUGAGAGGCCCAGACCAGCUGUGUUACCUACAGCAGCUGUUGUACCUGCUGCCUCCGUGCAACUGUGACACCCUCCUGCGGCUGCUGACGCUGCUGCACAUCGUCCAGGAGCACGCCCAGGACACCACUGGCACCGACCAGCAAGAGAUCUCAGGCAACAAGAUGACUGCCACCAAUCUGGCGGUGAUCUUUGGGCCAAAUCUGAUGCAGAACGACAGAGAAUUGAGCUCACAAGGUCUUGGCAUCGAGGACAGCGCAGCCAUUAUCUCCGUCACCCUCUUCCUCAUCCAGCACUAUCAACUUCUCUUCACGGUAUCAGCGGAGUUGCAGCAGGAGGUUCUAAUGAGUCUGAUUCAGACUGAUCCAGACAUCAUCGACUACCUCCUACGACGCAAACUCAGUGGCUCCUCCCUGACUGUGGAGAGUGAUGGUGGCGACAGGCAGCAGGGCGGCCAGUCGGUGGAGCUGGGGGGCCAGAUGAGCGGAGACUUCUCCCCCCUGGAGGCUCCCUCCCCUCUCUUCCCCGACACCCCGGGCGGAGGCGGUCUCACCAGCGAGGUCCUCCUCAACAUCCUGCGCUUGAAUAACAGCAGGAAACGUUCCUCUGGAGGCUCCUCUGGAAAGUCCAUGGGCCACAUCCGGCAGUUCCACUCCCAUCACAACCUGCUCAGCCUGGUGCAGCACCAGCAGCAGAGGGAAGAGGUCCAGGAGCAGGAGCUCCAGGACUACAGGGGGGCGGGGGGUGAGCGGGCGGCCCAGACAGCAGAGGGCGGCGUCCACUUCAGCCUGGGCCUGGAGUCUGGUAGCAGUAGCUCCUUCCUCCACCACCACCACCACCACCACCACCAGGGCUCCGCGGAGAACAGCAUCUGGCUGAGGCAGCCGGCUCACAGCCCCUCCAGCAGCACCACGUCCCUAGAGGACGGCAGCAAGCAGCCCUCCAACUUCUGGGACUUUUUCACGGGAAAGAAGACCGUCACUAGAAGAAGUCCUCCUCCUCUCACGCGCCUCCUGAGCGACCACACAUAAUACAGAGUCGGCCGAAAACAUCUGAGGAAUUUGGGAAGACUGAAGGGAAAAGACAGAUCACCCCUUGGAUCCGAUGUCUUGAUUGAAAGCCAGUCCUCUCUCCGUGCGGUCUCAAAGGUCAAGCUGAACACUUCAACUGCUGGAGAUAAGGGGAAGGGCCAUCAGAGUUAACCAACACAACGUUUUUCGUCUAUCAUUUUAAAGGUUGUGUUCAUGUGUAAAGACAUUACUCAUUAUUCAUUAUCAUGUUGUUUUUACUUGUCUUUCUUUUUGAACGCUGAUUUUUUAUUCAUGGAUAUGUGAUUAAGGCUCUUCUGUAUAUACUUUUGCACACACACUGUACAUUUGCGCAAAUAAAUACAAGGUUUUUUUCUGAAUUCUUAAGUAGACAUCUGAAAAUACACUAAUGAGUAAAUGGCAUUGAAUUUUCAUGUUAAAUGAGUUGAUGGUCAUGACAUGGAUGGUAAUCUAAGUAAAAUCCAUAAUUUCCAGAGCUUGCUCAUUGAGCUGCCCAGUAAAUGUUGCAUUGUUAACUCAACGUGAGUCGGCUAACUUUUCAUCUUCAGUGUAGAAUUAACACAGUGAAAUGUACUAUGUGGGUGGAGCUCAUUUUGGUAUGCAUGGACUACAAGGUGUAUUAGGCCACUCUCGGUCAGGGGAUAUCUGGGGACAUCUGAUGGUGCUUCAGGCGACUGCUCAUCCAGCCGGUAACUGUGGCAGUGACCGUGGAAAAGGAAAUCAUUCAUCCAAACCCACUCGAAAAUCACAGGCACAAUUUAAUUGCCUGUAGAUUUUAAUGGUCUGUCAAAGAGGAUUCUCUUCAUUCUAGUCAUGCUGUCCAAAUGGUUUAGUUGUAUGAAACUGAAUCAAGCUCAAGAAGUCCAUUUGCUACAACUUAACUCUUUGAGUUUGGCUUGUACCAUGUUAAGGCAUGGGUGGGUGCAGGACAGCUGACAGGGGGGACAGUUGUCCCAGGACAAAGGAGAGAGGGACGUAGGUCCUUAGACCACUUAGGUCAUUACAUUGUAUUUAUUGGGUGGG